CUAUACUCCCCAUACUACUGGCGUGCCUCCUGCGGAGCGGUGCUGCUACAGGGCGUAAGGGCUCCUCGCCGGGGUUUGACUUUUUUCCACACUGAAACCGUGUUUCAGGAAUCGCAAAGAUGACUAUCUGGCUUAUCACUCUCCUAAUAAUAUGUGCUUCCGGACAAGACAUCACGCUGCAGACAGAAUCCGAGGUCCGGGGAACUCUGUUGGGAAAGGUGACUUUGGGAUGCCAGAUACUGGGAGGAAAGAGCGCGGAGACCUCCACUGUGAGCUGGCUAAAAGAUGGGCAGCUUAUAUACACCAAAGUGGGCAGCACGGGCACAGCACAGAGCGGGUAUGAGGGCCGUGCUAGUGUUGACAGCACGAAGCUAGCCUCGGGAGACAUUUCCCUGAUUCUUUCUAAUGCCACCAUUAGCGACAAAGGGACGUACACCUGCCAGUUCGAGUCUGCCAGGAAGAACAUGGAGCUCAAGCUCGGACAUUUGGGAUCUCGACCUGUGUUUGUCAUGAAGAAGAUUUCCUCGCCCCGCUCGCUGACUCUGUCCUGCAAUUCCGAGGGCUGGUACCCAAGCCCUGCCAUCAGCUGGACGGCCAGUAACGGCCAGACCCUGCAACCCGAGUUCCAGCAGGAGACGGGCCCACGAGGCAUGCUCCAGGUCCAGAGCAAGGUCACCCUGACCGCUGAGGAGGGCCUGAAAGUCAGCUGCAGAAUGAACAACCCAACACUUGGCACCGAUACCCAAGAGACCCUCAAGAUCUCUGGCGAGUUUCCUCCAGAUGUCUCUCCCUGGCUCAUUGCAUUUUGGGUGGUUUUCUUCCUCAUUGUGAUUGCUGCUGCGGUGGCCUUCUUCUUUUUCAAGAAGAAGAGAGAUGCAAUUAAAGAGAAAGAAAGACAGGCCAAAGAAGCUGAACGACAGCCUCUUCUUGAGCACUCAGAGACGGACAAGAAGGAUGUCAAGGAAAACUAUGAGAAGCUGAAGAAGGAGCUUUCUGAUGCUCGACUCGUCAACGAUUCAGAGUGGAAGCGCAUUCAGACCAAAAAAGCUGCCAAUGUCUCGCUGACGAAGAACUCGGUGGGCCCCGAGUUUUCAGAUGGGAACCGUUACUGGGAAGUGGACGUUGGGGACAGGAAGGAGUGGAAGGUGGGCGUGAAGAAGAAGGAUGUCGCAGUCAACAAGGACACCAACACGAACGACAGUGUCUGGGCGCUGUCUUGUGGUGAGACCAGUGGGUACUGUGCCAUGCUGCCAACACCUUUCCCCAUUACCCCCGCUGAGCCACCGAAGAAGCUGGGCUGCCUGCUUGACUACAAGGAGGGCCAACUGACCUUCUACGACGCGGAGAGGAAGCACCGUCUGUACACCUUCGAUGCCAAGUUUGAAGGCCCUGUUCAGCCUUUCUACCAGUAGUGCUCUUUGGGUUGAUGGAGCACUUGAAUUGAAUGCCGCUUUUCUGGGGCAGCUUCAGGGCUUUGGUGCUCCUCUGCCAAAUUCAAGGAGAAAUUAUUUCUGCUUGCAAAGUUUACACACUGCCUGGAAUGACCACGUGAGAAAAUAUCCCCAUUGCAUCAGACACUGUCAUCAUCAUGGUUUUACAAGAUAGUUUGAUGUGACCCACCAAGUUUGUCCGUCAGAUACUUUAGAAUCAAAUUCUCCCAAUAACAAACCCAACUCUCAGGUUUCAAAGUCAACUGAGAGAAAAGAUGCCUCACAGGCUACAACACAGGUGGGGUCAGUGGGCACAUAAAACAGUUUCUGCAGCUGUGGCCGAAACACUGCUGACUAUUACAAGCCAAAAGGGAAUCUUAGUUCCAAGACAUGGCGUCCAAGCCAUGGGAGGAUUUGAAGAUGCAUAGUCUAAAUCUAUAGAAAAAUCUCCCUGCUUUCACCAUUGCCAUCACAUUGAGCACAUCAUCCCAGAUACACAGUCGCAGAAAAGCGUUUGCACAACUCCAAGCAAUGUCAAAUGUUCACAUUCAAGCACAUGGGUUACUGUUGAGUAGGAAAUGAUUACAAAAGUGCAUUACAAACCGUGUUGGGGGGGGGGGGAGACAAAACCAGAAAGCAGCAUUUACAGUGUGUUUAAUAAGGUGUAAUCCCUUGCUUGACCUUUAGGAGCCUCUGCAGUUCUAAAAAAGUCAGUGGCCCUAGAACACUGGGCCACUGGUCCAUUCCUGCUCCAGCUCAUUCUCUUAUUACAGGGAGAGCCUGGUCUCUGUGAUCUCUUCCUGAUUUGCUGUUCCAGUUAUUUCUGGAUUCCCAAGCCUGGACCUCCUCUUAGGAAAGUGCCACCUGCUGACUGCUCAGGAAGAGCACGUCAACUCUCCGUCUCCCACAUCUCUGUGGAGAUGGUAGGAGCAGCCAUGCAAGCUGCCUUGUAGUCUUGUCAUGGUCACUGCUGCCUUUGGGCUUUACAUUCUUUUCUUUUGAAAUGCAGCAGCUGUGCUGAGAAUCGGGGUCAUAGAGAUAUUGAGAAGGGUGUAAUGCAUGCGUCUGUCCAUUAGACAGCUGCUGAAAGAGGACAAUAACCCGGGUGAAGUCCAGCUUUAAGGAAGGAUUUGUGUAUUAAACUCAACCAUGAUCUGUAAUAUGGAAGGAAAACCAACAGCAGAGAGCUGGAAUAUAAAAUAACCGAAAGGAAUCAGGAAGUGAAACACCCUGAAGCUGCAAGUGAAGACCGAAGUUAUAUUUGAGGAAAGGUACUGCAGUCCGCCUAUCAGCACAAAGCAGGGGGCAACACACUGGGCCACAGUAGCUUCUUUUUGGUUUUGCUCUUUAACUGCAAAAGCAAAUCAAGCACAGGCUGCUGGUGAGGAGCAAAUAAAACCAACAUGCAUUGAAGUAGUCAAUGCAUGCAUGUAUAAACUAGGGACUCUUGAUGUGAAGUGUACAAAUGUUUUUGUUCACACGCGUGUGCAUGUGUGUAGUUUUGUUAGGGGAGCCCUGAUAAGGAGCCUCUGUUCUUUGUAACUGAUGCCAGGACAGUGAGCACACCCCCCAGAUUUCCUGUGCAACUUUUUGUUUUGUCCUGGAAUCCAGUCUGAUUGAUCCCUUAGAGUUCUGUACAAUGGCCCUGGGGAAGUGCAGUCUUAAGAAAUGCAGAUGCAAACAACUAUAUCAUAUUGUGUUAAGAAUUGAUGCCUGCAGUAGGUUGCAGAAAGGUUUACAUACUUUCCUGACUACUGCACAGGACCAACACAUAAAUCAUGACCUCAUGUGACCUCAAUGAUAAGAUCUGAUAUAUUCAUGUAAAAGGUCACUUUUGUUAACACUCCCUUUGUUGCAUUAAGAACUAUGGUCCCAAAUUUCAGUGUAAUUUGAGCAUUAGUAUUGAAGAGAUGACAACUCUGUCUACAGCUCUAGGCACAGUCAAGUGAUGAAGUAUAAUGGCCCUCUUCUUUUUUUUUUAGUGAAAAUAUCUGUAAUUCCCAUUGAGAACAAUGUGCAAGUGAGUACACUAGCUGAACAUUUUCCUCCACCUGUAUUUGAACUGUGUGCUGGGUGCUGUGGGUCCGUUUCUUUCCCUGAGACGCAGUGAUCUCCCCAGGCAGUGUGUAAUGAGCUUUAUCCUGGUCUCUUAAAGACUGAGUGAUUGGCUUGUAGGUCACAUGCUAUAGCAGGUACCAUGCUAAAACUGGCAAUAUGCUGUGUUCAGAUGCAGGACAGCAGGCAUGUUGCCAAGUUUCUGGAUGCAAAGUCUUCCUCUUCGCUGCAUGUUUGGUUAAUCAUAUCUCUUCUAGCAUACUGUUUCUCGACUUUUUUAGAUGAUUAACAUUUCCCUGUAAACUUUUAAGAAAGCAAUCAAGGAUUUCAUUACACAAUUACAUAAACCAACUUGUGAGCAGCAUGUGUAAAAUGUGAACUAUUGUGAACAUUAAGAGAAGUUAUCUCCAAAUUAUAUGCUAUGGCAUUCUACUAAAAAUAUCAGCUGUGUGCAUGGACAUCAGGGAUAAAUCUUGUAUUUCAUUCUCUGUUUUUGUAUGGUGUUGUGCCACUGUUGUUGCUUCUUGUAAAUCUCUACAAAUUUAAUGACACAUUAUAUCACCCAAUAUAUACAGAAUACUGUAUAUGUGUACAGAUAUCAGCUUGCUUAUUGAUGAACACGUUCAUAUAGGGAAAAGCUAUUGUAAUUGUAUAGUAUACCCUAUAUAGACUUGCAGCAGAGACUUUACAUGAAGCAGUUGUAGUGGCCUUUAGGAGUUUUUUGAACCCUUUGUGUUGCACUCCUUUGAAGUGUAAAAAAAGUGUAAAAAAAGAGGGGGAAAGAUCAUCCCUGCGUUUACUGGCUAUGCCAGUAUAAAAAGCUAUUUGUAAGAUGAACAGGGGACAAACCAGGGGACAUGGAUUACCGUUUUAGUGUGUGACAUGAAUUUGAUUCCUCUUCGGACUACUGCAGGUACUAUUUGCUAAAAUAGCAAAUUUAGUUUUUUUUAAUGGGUUUUGCGAUAAGGAUCACAAGUAAUAUUUUUAAAGAAAUAUGCUAGAUCUUCGUUAGAAGUUUUUUUAUUGCUAUAGCUGGGCCUGUGUGCAGUUCACUUUGCUUCAAAACCUUCUGGUCGAAUUUCUGUUUAUGUUUUCAGAUUGUAAAAGAUUUCUCAGUUUUACACAAUGAAUCAUUUUGUUCAAUUUUGCAAUAGCCAGCUACUCAAAUUUGUUUUUACAAUCAUGUCAGUCUUUCCUAUAAAAUUGUGGAUAUUACCAGCAUUUAGAACAUUUUCUGUCAGCUAUGAGGUUCAAAUUGUUAAAAGGAAUUUUAUCAUUUUCAUUUCUCAUUUUUAUAUUCAUCAUUUGCAUCAUAUCACAGUUUUCCAGUUUUAAAUGCUUUUAGUGGUAGAGUAGUUUUAGUGCUUUAGUUUUGUUGUACUUUUAGUUUGGAUGGGUUUCUGUACUCAGAGUGUUUUUUGUAUUACAAAAUUGAAUAUUUCCAGUAAAUGGUUUAACAGAAUUUGAACAGGUGUGUCUUCAGAUGUUUAUUUUUUAUUAAAAGCUCAAUAAAGAGCAUCAAGACAGAGCGAAGAAGGGUUGUAUUACCUCUGCUGGAAUUAUUGUAAAAAACAUUUAAAAUAAAAAUCUGAAUAAAAUUUCA